CCAUUCUAACAAAGACGGCAACCCAAAGGAAUGCAGCGUUGUCCCUACAUACAUGAAAUGCGAGAACGUUUAUUGAACGAUCAAAAUCGUGAAUCAUUACCACUCGAACAAAUGGAGCGUGCAAAUCUUUUGGACAAUAGACAAUCGGCUGAAUUGCAACAGCUGCAUGGCGAUGGCUAUCACACAAGUCCGGCCCAUCAACGUACCCCAUUGGUGCCACGUGAUUUAGGUGAAGAUUUCAAUUUGGAUUUCGAUGAUGAUUUCCCCAUAGAAGUAAGAAGGCCAAAAAAUGCAAAGGUCGUUUAUUCACUAAAACCAAAUUCGAAUAGCCGCAGUUAUUUACCGGCAAAUAUAACCGUACAUGGCACAUAUCACACCAAUAUCAUUACCGGACCAAUUGAAUUAUG